AUGAAACUGGACGAAUUAUCUCUUUCGUCGCUGUUAAAUGAGAAAAAAGGGGAUUUUGAAGGGUUGGAUGAGAUCUCUAAGGAUUCUAAUGGAUCGUCGGAAUCAUUUGGAAAUCAACAGGAUAGAAAUGAAAAAGAGGAAGGAGAAAUUAGUGAUAAUUCUGUUUCUGACAAGAGUUGUGGUUUUGUUAGUGGUGGUGGGAAAACAUUUUUGAAAAAAAAAGGAUUUCUUAAUAGGAUUCCAUAUAGAAAGAAUUAUCGAAUGAGGAGUAAUCCAAUCUUAUACCCACAUUUAUAUCAGUCUAUUUUUUUGCAAAAUAAUUCGAAUCUUAAGCUUGAAGGGAAAUUGGCACUUGAGUUUUUAUCUUCUCAAGGGAUUUCUUUUGAAUAUUUGGUUCAUUUAGGAAUAAAUAGGGAUUUUCUUUGUAAAAUAUUCUUAGAAGCUGGUUUAUCAUUACCAGAAACAGAAAAUAUCCAAAGCAAAAAUGUAGUGAAAGAAAAAAGGGAUAUGGGUGUUGGUCUAAAAGAUGAUAAAGAAUUAACAAAAAUAUCUUCUUUAAAACCUCAAAAAGCCGAUAUUGUUGAUCAUAUAAAGGGUUUUUCGGAUACGUCUGUUUCCCAGAAGAGUUCUAAUAAAAAUUUGGGUCAACAUGUGGAUUCAGAUACUUUUUUACAGAAUAUUCGUAAUUCUAUUAAAAAUAAAAUACAGAUUUCGGAAAAUAUUCAGAAAAAUGUCUCUAUAUCGCAUAAAAGAAAGCACGUGUCAACCCUUGAUUCUAAAAACGAGGAUUCCUUUACUCCUCGAAAAAAAUUUGGUUCAGAAUCUCUUGCUUCUGUUGUGAUUGAACUUUCAGAUGAUGAUAAUGAUGAAAAUAGUGGCGAUAAUAAUAAUAAUUGUGAUAAUAUUAGUAAAAUUAAAAAGCCUUUGGAGUCUGAAAAUAUAAAAAAUGAUGCUAUUACAAAAUUAAAACAAAAAGAAGAAGAAAUCAAACGUAUGAUGGAAAUAAUUGCUAAAUUGGAGAGCUCAAAAAAGAUGAAAAAAAAACCUAUCGAGGAUGCUAAUCAUAUUCCUGGUUUUAAUGCUACAAAUAUAAAUGAAGAAAACUCAAUUAUAUUUAAUACUAAUCAAGAAAGAAAAGAAGCAUCUAAGGACUCUGAGGAUAAAUCGAAUGAGAUUGCGUUGCACGAAAAAGAGCAAGUUCUUCAAGAAAAGCUGCAUAAAAUUAAUAUGCAGCUUUUUCAAGAAGAAUUGUUGAUUCAAAAAUUAAAAAAUGAGCUUGCUGAGGCCGAGUCUUUAUUUCAAAAGUCGUUUCAAAUAAAAUCUGAUAUUCAAAUACAAUUAAAAGAUUUUAGAAAGUCUCAUGAUUCUAUUGAUAAGGUUAAAGGGGAUAGCAAAGUUUCAUCAAUAAAAAAUCUGGAAAAUUCUCAUUCUAUAUCUGAAAACUUAAUUACUGUUGCUGAUUCUAAAAAUGAAAUUUUUAUUUCAUCGAAUAAUAUUUCAUUAUCUAAUCAAAAUAAUCAUGAAAAAGUUGAAAGUGUUGAUUUUUCUGAUGACAAUGAUAAGAUUAAAACUUUUAAAAAAGCAUCAGGGACUCAAAAAAAGGCUGUAACUACUUGUUUUGUGCACGAAGAAAUUAGUAGUUCAAAAAAUGAUGAAAUUUCUUCAAAAAUUAAAAAUCAUGACAAGCUUUUUGCAUCGACUAAUAUGGAUGAAUUAUCAGAAACCUUUAAACAUGAUAAAAAUGACCUUUCUGAAUCAAUAUUAACAAGUCAUUCUCAAAAAAAUGUAAUUAUCUCUUUACAAUCAAAAGAUGUUAUUGCUAAUAAAGGCUGUUUUGUUUUCUAUAAAGAGUAUUCUAGUCCACUACGGAUUUUUCAUGCAUUUAGAUAUCAUCCCCACUUUUUAUCAUGGGUAAAGGGAGGAUUUCUCUCACGAACGUAUAGCACACGUUCUGAUCCUAAUAAAAAAGUUUGUGUUUUUGAAACGGCUGGAGGUGUAUGUAAUGAUGAUUCCUGUAAAUUUUUACAUUUCAAAGAAAUUGGACAAACUGACGAUCAAUUUCUUGUAGAAAUGAGUUCAUUUCCAGUUGGAGAAACAGAAGAAGAACGACAAAGCUAUUUUUCAGGCUUACGUGCACUAAUUCAAACUUUGCGUGCAUCUUAUCCUCACGAUACAAUAAAAAUAGCUCAGUCGAUCAUUGAUUAUCGUAAACAAUUUCUUAAUGAUUCAUCUCGUGUCAUAUUAUUUUAAUUAUUGCAUUAUUCUUUUAUAUACAUUAUUUAUAAAUAUAUAUUGCAUUCAAUUUUAUUAAGGAAUAUUGGAACUGCUGCAUAAGAUUUAUUUCAUUAUAUUCUAUGAUUAUAUU